AAAAAAAGAAAAAAAAAUUAUUUUUUUAGUAUUUAUUUUUGGUGCUGCGAGGAGGUGGGGGGGGGGGGAGCGCGGCAACCUUGUCUCUCCACCUCCCUCCCUCACCCGGUUCGUGCCUUUCUCUCGGCUGCAUCUACCUCUCCAAAACACUGAGGGGUUCGGGCAAGGGCGCGGGGCCGCCAGUCAAGAGUUGGACGUGGGGUCCCCCCAUCCCCUCCUGCGCCCUCCUCCCCCAGGACAACCAUGACGGACGAGAGCUCCGACGUUCCCCGGGAGUUGAUGGAGAGCGUCAAGGAUGUUCUCGGCAGAAAGAUCAAAAUGACGGUGAAGAAGAAGGUGAAGCUGGAGGUGAAGGGGGACCGGGUUGAGAACAAGGUGCUGGUGCUGACGUCAUGCCGGGCCUUUCUUCUGUCAGCGCGCAUCCCCACCAAGCUCGAGUUAACAUUCAGCUACUUGGAGAUCCAUGGUGUGAUCUGCCACAAGCCCUCUCAGAUGGCCGUGGAAACUGAGAAGUGCAACAUCUCCAUGAAGAUGGCGUCGCCUGAGGACGUGAGUGACGUGCUGGGUCACAUUGGCACCUGCCUGCGGAAGAUCUUUCCUGGCCUCUCCCCACUGAGGAUUAUGAAGAAAGUGUCCAUGGAGCCAUCUGAGCGCCUGGCCGGUCUCCAGGCUCUGUGGGACAGCCAGCCAGUGGCGGAGCAGGGCCCCUGUGGUGGUUUUUCUCAGAUGUACGCCUGUGUUUGUGACUGGCUUGGGUUUUCGUACAGGGAAGAGGUGCAGUGGGAUGUGGAUACAAUUUAUCUGACCCAAGACACCAGGGAAUUGAAUUUACAAGACUUCAGCCAUCUUGACCACAGGGACCUGAUACCCAUCAUUGCUGCCCUGGAAUAUAAUCAGUGGUUCACGAAACUGUCCUCUAAGGAUCUCAAGCUGUCCACUGACGUCUGUGAGCAGAUCCUGAGGGUGGUGAGUCGGUCCAACCGACUGGAAGAGCUGGUGUUGGAAAACGCUGGACUUCGAGCAGAUUUUGCACCGAAGCUGGCCGCCGCGCUGGCGCACAACCCCGCCUCAGGACUGCACACCAUCGACCUUGCUGGCAACCCCCUGGAGGAUCGAGGUGUGUCCUCUUUAAGUAUCCAAUUUGCCAAACUCCCAAAGGGAUUGAAGCAUUUAAAUCUAUCUAAAACCUCUUUGUCACCUAAAGGGGUGAAUAGCCUUUCUCAGUCACUCAGUGCCAACCCGCUGACCGCCUCCACCCUCACCCACCUCGACCUCUCAGGGAACGCCCUUCGCGGGGAUGACCUCUCGCACAUGUACAAUUUUUUGGCCCAGCCCAACGCCAUUGUUCAUCUGGAUUUAUCCAACACAGAAUGUUCUUUGGACAUGGUGUGCGGCGCUCUGUUGAGGGGGUGUCUUCAGUGCUUGGCGGUGCUCAACCUCUCCAGAACUGUCUUCUCUCACAGGAAAGUAAAAGAAGUGCCCCCGUCGUUCAAGCAGUUCUUCAGUAGUUCUCUGGCUCUGAUGCAUGUCAACCUCUCUGGCACCAAGCUGUCUCCGGAGCCCUUGAAAGCUCUGUUGCUGGGCCUGUCCUGUAACCACAGCCUGAAGGGGGUUUCUCUCGAUCUCAGCAGCUGUGAGCUUGGCCACUGUCUGAGGUCUGGAGGCGCUCAAGUCUUAGAAAGCUGCAUCGCUGAAAUUCACAACAUCAGCAGUUUGGACAUCUCCGACAACGGUUUAGAAUCUGACCUGUCUACCCUAAUCGUGUGGCUCAGUAAGAACAGGUCAAUACAUCACCUGGCGCUAGGCAAGAACUUUAAUAAUAUGAAAUCCAAGAACCUGGCUCCUGUGCUGGACAACUUGGUGCAGAUGAUCCAAGAUGAGGACUCGCCUCUUCAGUCCUUGUCUCUGGCGGACUCGAAACUCAAGGCCGAUGUCACCAUCAUCAUCAAUGCCUUGGGCAGCAACACCUCCCUGACCAAAGUGGACAUAAGUGGGAACGGAAUGGGGGACAUGGGAGCGAAGAUGCUGGCCAAAGCCUUGCAGAUCAACACCAAGCUCAGGACUGUCAUAUGGGACAAGAAUAAUAUCACCGCCCAAGGGUUUCAAGAUAUAGCUGUUGCUAUGGAAAAGAACUACACGUUGAGAUUCAUGCCGAUCCCCAUGUACGAUGCUUCGCAGGCGCUGAAGACAAACCCCGAGAAGACGGAGGAGGCGCUGCAGAAGAUAGAGAAUUACCUGCUCCGGAAUCACGAGACUAGAAAGUACCUUCAGGAGCAGGCGUACCGCCUCCAGCAGGGCAUAGUCAGCAGCACCACCCAGCAGAUGAUUGACCGAAUAUGUGUGAAAGUCCAAGACCAUCUCAACUCCUUACGAAGUUGUGGGGGAGAAGCCGUCCAGGAGGAUCUGAAGUCAGCAGAGCAGCUCAUGCGCGAUGCUAAGAACUCCAAGACGUUGCUACCGAAUCUAUACCAUGUGGGCGGGGCGUCCAGUGGCCUACUGUCCAGUCCCAUUCAGGAGACCCUGGAGUCAAUGGCUGGAGAAGUUACCAGAGUUGUGGACGAGCAGCUGAAGGGUUUGCUUGAAUCCAUGGUCGACGCUGCCGAGAGCCUCUGUCCCAACGUGAUGAAGAAAGCCCACAUCCGGCAAGACUUGCUCCAUGCCAGCGCCGAGAAGGUUUCCGUCCCACGGGCCUUUGUCAGAAACGUCCUGCUGGAGCAGUCUGGCAUUGACAUUCUCAACAAAAUUAGUGAAGUAAAGCUGACCCUGGCCUCCUUCCUGUCUGACCGAAUCGUGGAUGAAAUCCUGGACGCGCUCUCGUGUUGCCAUCAUAAACUGGCUGACCACUUCAGCAGGCAAGGCAAGAGCCUCCCUCAGCAGGAGUCCCUGGAGAUCGAGCUGGCCGCGGAGAAAGUGGCGAAGCGGGCACAGCCCGCGGUGGCGGAGGAACUCACCGAGGUGGAGCGGCUGGAGGACCUGGACACGUGUAUGACUCUCUGCUGUACAAGUAUGACACCCAGGUCCAAGAGGAAGAGCAUUCACAGCCGGAUGCUGCGGCCGGUCUCCAGGGCCUUCGAGAUGGAGUUUGACCUGGACAAGGCCCUGGAGGAGGUGCCCAUUCACGUCGAAGACCCGCCCUUCCCGCUGCUGGCUGGCCAGGAGAGGCGCAGCACCGGCUUGUCGGGGCCCAUCUGUGAGCUGCCCUCGGAGGAGGGCAGGAAGCUGGAGCACUUCACCAAGCUCCGGCCCAAGCGCAACAAGAAGCAGCAGCCCACGCAAGCCGCGAUCUGUGUUGCCAGCAUUGCCCCUCACGAUGGAGACCAGAAUGGCCUCACAGGCAGAGUGGAUGAAGGAGUAGAUGAAUUUUUCACCAAGAAAGUGACCAAAAUGGAUUCCAAGCGAUCCACGCGGGGCUCAGACUCCCAGGAGCUCGGCGAGGGAGGCGGCGACGAGAAGAAAAAGCGGGACUCCAGGAAGAGCGGUUUCCUCAACCUAAUCAAAUCCCGGUCCAGAGCCGAGCGGCCACCCACGGCCCUGAUGACAGAGGAACCCUCGUCGCCGAAGGGAGCCUUCGGAAGCCCCGCCGCGGGCACCCCCAGAAGGGCCAUCCAGCCAGCCGAGCACAAUGGCGCCGCAGACCGCCCCGAGGAGAUAAAGACCCCUGAGCCCCCGGAAGAGGGUCCCGGGGAUGAGGCCGGCCGGCCCGAGCGCAGCCCGCAGGGAGGCCGGCGGUACAUGCAGAUGAUGGGCAGCGGGCUGCUGGCCGAGAUGCGGGCCAAGCAGGAGAGGAGGGCCGCCUGCGCACACAAGAAGCUUGGACAUGACAUCGCCUCGCAGGAUUCUGCCAGCAUGCCCUCCAGCAGCACAGAACGACUGGACGGAGAGAACCGCUUGGCUUUGGGAAGCCCGGAGAAGAACCCCAAAGUGGACGUGGGCUACAGGCCGAGGAGCUCGUCCAGCACGCCCACCAGCCCGAAGCCCCUCCUGCAGUCCCCCAAGCCCACCCUGGCAGCCCGGCCCUGCAUUCCACAGAAGCCAAGAACUGCCUCCCGACCAGAAGACGCCCCAGACUCUCCAUCUGGCCCUAGCUCUCCUAAAGUUGCUCUUCUCCCACCCGCCCUGAGAAAGCUUCCCGCAGACAAGGAGCGCAACGGCCAGAGCAGCCCGCAGCCUGCUCCGAGGAGCUUUCCACAGGAAGUGGUGCAAAGAGGAGAUUAUUACAAAAGGCAUGCAGAUCACGACAGUGGCAAGCCUUCCAGUAGAGGGAAAAGAUCUUCAAAACUGUACUCCACCAUUGCGGAAGAGGACGCGAAUGCGCCUGGGCACGGGAAGUCACAGCCAACAAAUGUUUCGAGGAAAAGCUGGGGCCAGCAAGCCCAGGAGAUUCCGGAGCCCAAGCACCGGUCCUCCAGUAAAGACGGCCGCCACGGGAGCAAAGCCAGUGACUCCGGAGAAGAGGCGGAAAAAGAGUUUAUUUUUGUGUGACUGUCCCCGUGCCCAGGGCUCCCCGCACGGUGCUCUUCACAGCCAUCAGCGAGGAGACAAGAGCUGCUUGUCUCCCUUCCAUCUCUUGGUGCUUUCUCUUCUCUCCAGUCCUUCCUUCUUUCAUUUUUAUUUUUAGUAUAAAAACAAAUUCACUUCCCAGCUAUCAAAGCCCAUUUUCUCUUGGUUUCCUCCUAACUUGCAUUUGAUCUCUAAGCAUCCCUUCACAUGCCUUCUUUCAAUGAAAGCUAGCAGUGAUUCCACGGGCCCUACUUGAAUUUCUCUGAGGCAGCUACACCUCGACCUGCAUGAUGAGGUUUUGGAGAUGGAGUGGAGUGUCCGGAACCCACACUCACCCAAGUAGCUCUGUCCUGAAGGCCGUGGGAUACUGUUGUGAGCGUGUUUGUGCCAGAGCUGCAAACGACUCGGUGUAGCAGUCUAUUCUCGAUGUAUGCAAUUGCACAUUGUAAUUAUAUUAACAGAGCACACUAAUAAAUAAUUUGUAUAAAUUAUAUAUCUUAGAUCUUGGAUAUGGAUUUUACAUUCUCCCAUGGGGAACUUCCUUCCUUCCUGAUGUGGAAUUGUACAUUUAAAACUCGGUCGGUGACCUGCGCACGCCGUUAACAAGCACGGCCAAGGACAGAGAGGGGCCUGUGGCUGUUUCUACUUGUGCCCGGGUUCCAUGUAUAUAGUUGACUGGAAUGAGGUUUUAUGCAUAUUCAUGUUUUAAGGCCUUUAAUUAAUUUCUGUCUGCAUAUUAGAUUUUAACGUGUGAUUUUAAGAGAAAAUACUUUGACACCUGUUUAAAAAAAAUCAAAAUAUUACUCUUUAUAAUACAUCUCACAAGUAUCCACUUACAUCACAGGAUGAAAGUAUUUUAUUCCUAUGUAUAUUUAUACCAAUAAAAUGAUUUUACAAGUGCA